CUAUUUUAAAGGAAAGUUGAAAAACCGGAAGAAAAAUCGCAAAAUAAGUGUAGAACCCUCCCUUUCUUCUGCUCCAAGUCUGCAACUAUUGUCCUCGCUCUGUGUUCUAAGCAUCUUGAGCUGAGUCUGGUUGAACUAUUUCUCGGGCAAUCUAUUUGCGUCUCCAAUUUCUUCGCUUUGUUUUGCAGGUUCAUCGGAAAUCAGAUAUGUCUAAAGCAGUUGUUGAUCUUCCUCCCAAGGGUGGGUUUAGUUUUGAUCUCUGCAGAAGAAAUGAGAUGCUCAUUUCAAAGGGUGUUCACCCACCAUCUUUUCGGAAGACUGGAACUACCAUUGUUGGUCUAGUUUUCAAGGAUGGUGUCAUUCUUGGAGCAGAUACAAGAGCCACCGAAGGGCCCAUAGUUUGUGACAAGAACUGUGAGAAAAUCCAUUACAUUGCACCUAAUAUUUAUUGUUGUGGAGCAGGGACUGCUGCUGAUACUGAAGCAGUAACAGACAUGGUUAGCUCCCAGCUGCAGCUACAUCGUUAUCAUACUGGUCGAGAAUCAAGGGUUAUUACAGCUCUUACCCUUCUAAAGUCUCAUCUUUUCAGUUACCAAGGAUAUGUUAGUGCUGCUUUGGUACUUGGUGGAGUUGACAUCACUGGACCACAUUUGCACACAAUAUACCCUCAUGGCUCAACUGACACUCUGCCAUUUGCUACAAUGGGUUCGGGUUCUUUGGCUGCAAUGGCUGUCUUUGAGUCAAAGUUCAGAGAAGGCCUGACUAGAGAAGAGGGAAUAGAGCUUGUAUGUGAGGCUAUAUGCUCUGGUAUUUUCAAUGACUUGGGCAGUGGAAGCAAUGUUGAUGUCUGCGUAAUAACCAAGGGGCACAAAGAGUACCUGAGGAACCACCAGAUGCCAAACCCUAGGACCUAUGUCAGUUCUAAAGGCUACACUUUCCCCAAGGGUCUGACUGAGGUUUUGACAACAAAGAUUACUCCGUUGAAGGAGAAAGUGGAAGUUAUCGAAGGAAAUGAUGCAAUGGAAGAGUGAAAUGCCCCAACCACGACCCGUAUUUCAUAGUGGAAGUUUGAUUUUACCUUUCUCAGUUUGUUUUCAGAGCCUAUCUAUAAAGAUUGCAAUGGUAACAAUGUACUUUAGAACUCAAAUUAAACCAACGUUAAGUACUGUAUUUUCGUUACUUUUCGAUUUCGUCACCCUUCUCGGUCAAUACUAGCGUAGAUCCAUUUCCUAUUCUAUUUUGGGUUUUGUUUUUUUUUUUCAGAAUUUAUAUUGCAUUUUCAUAUAAACAUUUAUUGCUAAAGUAGUUUCAUAA